UAGAGUAGAUCGCCGAACACUGCAUAGAGAAAACGAAAGGAAAGCAGAAAAGAACAUACAAACAAAACAAAGUAAAACUAGGGUUUACGAACCGCUUUAUGAUCUAAAUGGCUUUACUAGGAUCUGCGAUUUCUGGUGAGGUUGGCUUGAGAUUACUUCUAUCCCCACUUGGUACUAAUGUCAUAAUAAGAACAGCUUGUUGCACCGUUGGGAUUGCAUUGCCUGUGUACAAUACAUUCAAGGCUAUUGAGAAGAAGGAUCUUGUUCAACAAAAAAAGUGGCUUGUAUACUGGGCAGCAUUUGGUACUUUUAGCCUUGUGGAGAUUUUCUCUGACAGAAUUCUAUCAUGGUGUCCCAUGUACUACCACAUUAAAUUUGCAUUUCUCGUGUGGCUCCAGCUUCCAUCUGUUGAUGGGGCUAAGAUUUUGUACGAGAGGCAUAUACGCCCAUUUCUGUUGAGGCAUCAAGCUCGAUUAGAUCAAGUGGCAGAUGCCACAUACCGUGAACUGGCAAGGGGUAUCCUUAGCAUGCCGCUAUGUUUACAUUUUAGAAGUAUCAUACUGAAUAAGAGGCCAAAUUUGCCAACUCUCACCAAGGAGAGAUUCAGUUUGCCAGGUCAGUGAUCAUGAAGAUUCUAGCCUCAGCAAACCAGAUGAUUUGGGGUAUCCUUCACCCAACUAGCCCAAUACAAGGGCAGAAGGCGGUAGGAGGCUCCCCUGCAGCACCAGCAUCCGCAACAGAAAACGGGCAUAAGGCUGUUGGAGACACCCCUGCAGCACCAGCAUCCUCCACAGGAAACCAUGACUCAGCCGAGUAAGAGGUUGAUAAAUAAUGAAUUGUGCCUCAGACUCCACUAGACUCCAAAACAACAAAUGUUUUUUCUUUCUCUUCUUCUCUAGUCAAAUUUCUGUUCAUUAUCCCCAUUACAGUUUAGGAAGAUGUUUUCUAUUCCAACUAGUUGAAGAAAAAUGUAGAUGCUCUCAUGAAUCAGGUUUUUUGUGGUUCUAGUUAAUUUUCUGUCAACAAAGAAAUAAACAAGUCAUGUAAAUAAUUAACCAAAAGGAAACAGUGUUCUUAGUGCCAGGAUGUUACAGUAAAUAAUUUGUUGGCUUCCUUUGUAACAA